AAACCCCAGGUCCCGAGCGUUCAGAAAACAGGUCCCAUACCUGCAUUAGUAAAUUCUUUAUUACAUUGGUGAUUUAAAAAAAAAAAAAAAAGACAGCACUUUGCACCUAAACCACCCAUAAAAUAGCUCUCUCUGACACGGCUUUGUCCUACUUGGAGUGUGCCCCUCCUGUUUCCAGCCAAUGCUUCACUGAACUCAUGCUAAUGCCCUAGAUUUAUCUAUAAUGAUAUUACUCAUGUUCUAUUAGGAUUUAGAAUAUUCGGAACGCACCAGGUUCCCUCCAGGCAGGUGCCUACAAGGUAGAUGACUGUAUUUUGGAAAAGGGGGUUCCCCCCCGGCUCCUGCAAUUCAUCACCAUCUGAGGAGACACCCUCACAAUGUCUCAGGAGACACCCUUCACGCUAAUUGUGUGCAAGCUGUUUCCCAUGUAGCCUGCUGAGGGCCCCUAUUGGCUGGGAUGUGUGUGGCACAGAGUUGGGAGGGAGGGAGGCGAUGUCAGUGUCACCUCCAGCCUCCUUAUCCCCAGCACCAAUUCAGUGCAGGAUUUUUUUCCAGGCUCUCUUGCUGUUGCUAUGGCUAUGAUCAUCAUUCCUGCAACGAAACACCCAUGUGACCUGCUCUAUUAUGGCUGCUCUGAUGGGAGAUCGCAUCAAAUAGGACCUUUGGGGGGGCUUUCUGUAGAAACAGCCCAUGGGGUCUCCAGUUUCCUUUGUCUUGUCCAGAAUGGCAGCCUGUGGAGGAAACAUAAAGAAUAAAGUCACAGUUAAUAAGACCGUAUGGGACUUUCUUAACAAAGAGACCCCUUCCAAACUCACACGACUGUGGGAAGAGAACAGAGUGAGGAUACUGAUUGAUGGUGAAACAUCUGAAAUUUAUGUUCUGCGACUAUCCCCUGAAAGUCAUGUUCCAGCAAAUGCUCUUUAUCUAGCCAGAAAAGCACUGAAAUCCCUUCUAAAGGAGACUGAGAAAGAGUUGAAGAAAUCCUAUAAACAACACCAGUUGAGUGGAUGUAUGGCUUAUGGUGAUAAGAAUAAUGAACAUGCAACAGAGCUGCACAUCCGAGGAACAUAUUCCAGGGGGACACAGAGCUCUGGUGGCAAAGGACUUCCUGGGUGUGCAGGAAUGGGGGCUAGCAGCAGUCAUAGCAGCUCUCGAGAUCAUAGACGGGAAGAUCCUGAGGAUGAUCGAGAGAACCAAUGUCCCAUUUGUCUGGGUGAGAUUCAGAACAUAAAGACACUGGAGAAGUGCCAACACUCGUUCUGCGAGGAUUGUAUUACCCGGGCACUGCAGGUGAAGAAGGCAUGUCCAAUGUGUGGCCGUUUCUAUGGGCAGUUGGUGGGUAACCAACCAGAAAAUGGUAGAAUGUUGGUAUCCAAGGACUCCGGCCUGCUGUUGCCUGGUUAUGAGAAAUAUGGGACCAUUAUUAUCCAGUAUGUCUUCCCACCAGGCAUUCAAGGGUCAGAGCACCCCAACCCUGGAGUAAGGUAUCCGGGAACAACGCGUGUGGCUUACUUGCCUGAUUGCCCAGAGGGGAACAAAGUUCUCACGCUAUUUAAGAAAGCCUUUGACCAACGUCUGACCUUCACCAUUGGGACUUCAAUGACUACAGGGCGGCCCAAUGUGAUAACGUGGAAUGAUAUUCACCACAAAACUAACUGCACAGGAGGGCCACAGCUUUUUGGAUACCCAGAUCCAACCUACCUGCUGAGAGUCCAGGAGGAGCUCCGAGCCAAAGGUAUCACAGCUGACUGAGGGAACUGUUCUUCACAGGACUGGAAGAGGAAUGUUGACAAAGGAAAUUGUGUUUGUUCUGUUAAGUGGCUCAAACAGCUAAUUAUUCAUGUGGAAAAAAAAACUUUUUUUGUCCUGUCAUCUUAGCUUUUUAUUCGGAUCUGUUUGACUACAGAAAAUGGACUAAUGUCAAACACAGACCUGGAACUUGGGGAACAUUAAAACGUGACACUCUACUACCAUGUUGAACAUGGAUGCGGACUCUUUUGGGUUCACCUUCGUGGUGAAUCAGUUGAAGAUACUGGGAACAAUGAGUGCCAAUACUGAACAUUUGACAGUGGAAGAGACACAUAGAGAAACACUGAUAAAUUGCCUGUAGCAUUCUUGCUUCAUAGCUGGUUAUCUAUUAGUGCUCAUACUGAUUCGCCUAUAGUGUUUGGCUAGAGUUCUGAAAAGAAUAACACCAGUCUGUGGGAUUUGCAGUGCAUUAUGAUUUCUUCAGUUUAAAAAUGGUUUAAUAAACCCGGAGUUGCAACAUC